AUGCCUUGAGCCUACUUUCACGCCCUAUUGUCAAUCCUGUAGAUUCGGAGGGCGUAUUAUCCUUCCAGACUGAUUCGCUAGUCCAUCCUCACUCUCAUGCCACGGCCGAGGAAAGUUUGCUCAACAUGACCACGCCCAACGCUCAAUCCGAUAUGGCCCAAUUUUUCGAUUUCGGAGAGGCCUCUUCGAUAUUUCAGGAACUUGGAUCUCCGCUCCCGAGCCGGCCGGCGUCACGUGUCAGCAAGCAUCGCGUUGGUUGUCCUGCUUACGGCCAGGAAGACGAUGAGGGGUGCCUUUGUGCUUCCUUCAACCAGGACGUAUCACUCCCGGACGCGCUACAUGAUGACAUCGUUCCUGAAGAGGAGUUCAACACCGACUUCUCAAGUUGGCUCCCUAGAUAUCAAAAAGCACCACAUCCAUGCGAUUACUGCCGAUUAAAAUCACUCGAGUGUUUCAUGUACGACGUUGGUAAGGGCAAGUCAUCUGGAUGCUCGCCCUGUAAUGCUUUAUUCCGCCCCUGCAGCUUCACCAAUCCCGAGAAGAUGCCUAUGCAAAUGAAGCGGACAGCCUUGGACACACUGCAUAGUGUGGCUGAGGUUAGCGAGAGGACGUUCGGCGGCUUCACUGGAAAGAAACCCAUGCGUUCCCUCGGUCAUCAAGGGCCGAUUGAGGAAGGUGAGGCCGACGGCCAGGGACCAAAGAAGGGUGCUGCAGCUGCCCGCUUUCCACGUGCGGCGACCAAGAUUCUGAAAGAUUGGAUGAUCGCGCACAUCGACCACCCUUACCCAACCGAAGAAGAAAAAGAAGCUUUAGGCCAGCAGACUGGUCUGUCUUUGGGCCAGAUCUCAAACUGGAUGGCGAACACGAGGCGAAGGCAUAAGGCGCGACCGAAGCGAACAUCAUCCCCUAGCUUGCGGCCAGUGACCGAGCCGGUCAACGUUCCCCCGGGGCGAACCUGGGAGUCGCUGAAUCCUUUCGAACGAUGGAAGCACUCUCCUCCUGAGAACGAACCGGCUCCUCUGCUUGCUAUUGCUCGCAACGUUGAGACUUUCGACUUCCCUAACGAUGGCGAUCGAAGCAAUGCGAGUAGUUACAGGAAGGAGAACUCGAACGAUAGCACCGGCAGUUUCUCCGUAUUCCGUGCACCCUCGAUCACCUCUCUAGACACUGUCCCCACGAUUCUAUCUUCAGGAUCUAUCGGCUCGUCUACUUCCGCAACUUACUCACAAAGCUCGCGACACUCUCUCGGUUCGUUCAACAGCUUGAAGUCGAAGGAGAGGCGCAGGCGACGACGGAUGCCAACUCGAACGCCGAAACACGACGCGGAAAGUGACACGCGCCUUUUCCAAUGCACCUUUUGCACUGAUCGCUUCAAAAACAAAUAUGACUGGACCCGCCACGAGAAGACUCUCCAUCUAUCUCUCGAAAAGUGGAUAUGCGCUCCACUUGGCGACGUGAUCACCUGUUCGUCUUCUGGACAACGCAAGUGCGUCUUCUGCGACGAGAUCAAUCCCAGCGAUGCCCACCUGGAGUCACACAAUCACCGUGCAUGCGAAGAGAAGGGCAUGGAAGCACGUACUUUCUAUCGUAAAGACCACCUGAGGCAACAUCUUCGCUUGAUGCACGGCUGUAAAAUGACCCCCAGCAUGGAAGCUUGGAAGGCGGAAGCUCAAGUCAUCAACUCGCGCUGUGGCUUCUGCGCCAAAACGUUCGAAAAAUGGCAAGAUCGGUGUGAUCACCUCGCGAAAGAGUUCCGCAAUGGAGCAACCAUGAAGAACUGGAAGGGCUGCAGGGGCUUCGACCCACAUGUUGCCCAAUAUGUCACCAAUGCCAUGCCACCCUACCUGAUCGCGAAUGAGAGCAAAUCUCCCUUCCCUUUCUCCGCCUCGAACUCAUCCUCUAUGAAACAUCCCAGCAUGGACUUAGGCCAAACCGACCUUGAAGUCCUCCUACCCAACGGUAACGACAUUUCUCCGAAGACAAGCAGCUUCACCGUGAACAACUCUUCCAGGUCGGGAACAACGCAGCAGCCUUCGCCCUAUACAACUUCACCCAAGUCUCCUCAUCCGUACGCGACCUGCUGGGAGAUACUCACGCUGCGGCUCGGUCAAUUUGCGCGUGAGAGUAUGGAGCGCAAUGGACCCGGUUCGGUCACGGAUGCAAUGCUUCAGAGUGAAGCACGGCGCAUCCUAUAUGACACAGACGACGCAUGGGAGCAGACGGCAGCUGACAACCCGGAAUGGCUCAAUCUCUUCAGGAAAGCUCACGGCAUGGACCUCACCCAACCGAAAGCAAUCGCGGGCCAUUAUUCCAGCCAUGAGGUCUUGGAAGAUCUAGGCUUGACGCCUAAUGCACAGCUCGACCAGAGCUUCGAUCUCAACAACUUCCACUGUAUCACAAAAAGGUUCAGCGACCCUGUAGCACGCGCGCGUGCGUUCGAGUGCACAUUGGCUGGCAGCAUGGCGAUAUCGAAAGCGGGAGAGAUGUCGGUCCCGAUCACACACAUGCCCGGUCUCACUACCUCUGCCACUACAUCGGGUGCUUCUAACCUUCCCAUACCUAGCUUCCCCGACUUUGGGAAUUCAAACGUAGCCACAGACGAUUUGGAAGGCACCGGAGCUGGCGGUUUCUGCAUCGGCUCCGAUGGCGAGUUCCAUGCCACUUCGGCGCCUCUUUCGAAGAGCUACGCAGCCUUCAUGACGCCUAUAAAAGAGAUGUCGUGCAAUGCUGCUGGUGAGGCAAUUGAACCUAGCUAUGGCUUCCCUGCUUUCACGACAGCUGAAUUUGACUUCGAUAUGGCGACGACGACGGCAGGGUUAGGAGCGAACUUGACUGCAACAUCGGGCUUUGGCGAUUUCGACGUGAGCGCUGGUACGACGAUGGAUAAUUCGCAAAUGCUGCCGUGGGAUGACAGCGAUUUGACGUUCAACAUGGACAUGGACAUGGAUAUGGAUCUUGGUAUGCCUGCCACCUCGGGAGCGUGACUUCGUGUGGAGCACAAUGGGAGACUACUGUGAAUAUGUUUGCUUUUACAUUCUAAUGGAUCUGGAGUUGGCGGUUUCGGGAUUUUACUGGCAGCUUUCAGCUUUCGGGGAUCACACAAAAUGCGACGGCCUUCUAUACACGCCAUGUCAUCGAAUAGAUAAUGAUAAACCUAAUGAUGCACACGGCUACUGUCAGACCUCGUCUUCCUGCGAUCUGUUCACACAACUUAGCCUC